AUGGAGAUUCUGGGUAGGCGCUUUAGCAGCUGUAUCCGUAGUGAUGAAUACCGCGAGUACCUGGUGCGCUGGGUGCGCAUGUGCCCGUUUGACUUUCCCACAUGGGACAGCUUCGAACUUGCAUGUCCUGAGACUACAGUGUCAAAAGUAAGACGGUUGCUUGAUACUAUCCGAUGUCUGGUGCGGUUUACCUGCUUUGCAACAACAGAAAAUGCAAAGGAACCUGGAAAGUGGUUUACAUCAGGGACGUUCCUUCCACCUGAGAACUUUUGGAGCUGGUUCGGCAAGCUGUACAGCAGGGUUGUGAGGGAGAACGGCAUAGAGUCGUCGUCGCGCAUAGCCGUGGACUUUGACAACGCGGUGGUGCGGGUCGAGGGAAAGCUGGUAUCUUUUGAGUAUGUGAGGGAGAUGAAGAAGGAUGUGGGGCACGACUUUGAGGCCCUAGUAAGUGAAUUAAGAGAGUGGCUGGAGUUUGGUAGUGUCGGUGAUGUAUACACGACUGUGAUGGGCAAUCGCACCAUUUCUGUAGUGGACGAUCUAUCCUCACAAGGCUCAGUGUUUAACGUCAUUCCUAUGACUGCUGUCGAAGGUCAUAUUAUGGGGUUCCGCGAUCGACAGGACGCAAACAACAAGGGAAAGUGCGAUAGAAUUCUGAAGAUCAUCAAUGGCAUAACCAAGCUGCUUAUGCUGGCGGUGUGGAUCAAUCCUGGUUUGGCACUGAGGUUUCCGGAGCUGAGCAUACUGAGUUUCAGCGGGACGCAUCGCAACCUGUACUUUGACUCCGACGAUCGUGUCUUUCUCAUUCGGUCGAGGUACAACAAAAACACGAAAUACGACACUCGUUUGCUGUUUCUAGACGAAGAUGUGUCUGCCAAGCUGUUCUGGUUCCUAUAUAUCCUUCGUCCGUUCACGAUAAGUAUUUUGGGGAAUGAAGUAUGGAAAAUGAACUCGAGUGCUAUCAUGGGAGCUCUGAUUCCACAAGAGACAUUGCCGGACACACAGAGUGUCGAAGAGGAGGCAGAGGAUAUCAACUUCAAUGCGGAAUUGUAUCACCAUCAGAUGGAAUUGAGUGCAAGACUGAGAAACGCGGACUCACAACAGCUAGGCGGUGCCAUCUUCAGAAGCCUUGUGUUCAUCGAUGUGCGGCGUCUGGUUCUGGUACAUCGUUCGACGUUUGUGAAUGUGCUGCUGAAAUACCCCAAAGAUACGGCAAGACGGGAGUCUCACCGAAUCAGAUCAAUGAGGCAGGGUCUAUGUUCGCUGUGGCGGCACUUUAUAGAGAAAAAUGUACUGCAACAGGGUGCCACUUUUAACGAGGAGGUAGCACGCGGGUUUGGGCACUCGUAUGCCGUGGACCAAGCAGUCUAUGGAUUUGACAAUGCUAGGUCGGUUGGGCCAGAGGAAGUUCCGUUUGCGAUUGCCAAGAAACUAUGUAAAGAAUUUCAGAAAUUAACAACGCGGGUCCCCGCGAAGAAGCGACCAGAGGCACAGACGGACGUAGAUGAGAGCGGGGAGGGCCGUAUUGGGGACGCAUAUGAUCUGAUGGAUGCUGGUAACCAAAUCAUCCCAGGGUUUGCAUUUCGAACAAGAGAACAGGAACGGUUCACAAACAUGGUUCUAACUAGCGACGGUGGGGUGCUCGCUUUACAGGCGUGUACUGCGUUCGGCAAGACGAUGACAUAUGUUCUGCCAAUGCUGGUUCUGAAAAAGACACGGCCUGGAAAAUACGUGCAUUUCAUUGCCGUGCCUUAUGUGUCGCUUAAGAUAGCUACGAUCCAAAAGCUGAAAGAUGUUGGUUUGCAAGCAGCGGACAUGGCAGUGCUGAUCUCGAGCGACCGAAAAAGCCAGCUGAGAAACACGGAUGUGCUUAUUGGGACGUUUGACAUAUUUGCGACGCACGACACGUUUACAUUUAUCAACGGAUGGAACGAGGAGCUGCUCUCUGAAGAACAAGGGAUAUUUUGUUGUGGACGAAGCCCACGCGCUAUGGCUGGAGCAGGGAUUCCGGCCUAG